CAGCUACGAAGCCAGACUGACUGCAUAUAGCGACUGCGCACCGCAGACGCCUCGAAACACUCAACUUCUGCAGAGAUCUAGCAGCUAAACGUUCAGCUGUCAUCUAAAGUCUGAACGUGACAGCAGACAUCACUGAGAAAGUGUUUCUCAAGACUAGUUGUUCCGCGAAAGAAGAAACUCACAAGUGCGUUGAACAUUACCAACCUCUUCCGUCUCCCGCAGCACUGGACUCUUUUACACGGAUAAAUGAUGACUUACCGCGUGCAGAUCCCGCGAAAAACACACGAGACUUUCUUAACCACGUUUGCACGGUACGUAUAUUUAUCGUAAAAUGCAUGUGUGCGUUUAAAUCGCCCCGUAUAUUCUUGGAUUUUUCAUAUGGGAACAGAAAGUGGGCGUUUUUCUACAUUGAAGCAUUGGAGGAUUUACUCGAGUACUGCAACUUGCAGUUUCAAGUGAGGUUGUAUGCAGCAAGUUCACGGAGGUGUCAGUUUUUAAAAUAAGACGAUUCGUUUUACAUUUACAUUCAUUAAAAUACUAAUCAUAUCAGUGCACAAGAAGCUUGAUCAUGAUCGUGGCACAAAUCCGCUGUUGAUGAAGACUACGAUGAUGAUGAUGAAGAUGCGCCUGGAUUAGGUAGAAAAAUUCAUACUACGGUAAUUAAGUUAAAAAUACGUAGAUAUGGCACAAGAGAGUGUCUUCGACAGCCGCAAUAUAGUGGUUAAGUAUAUCCGUCAUAAGCUAUGGAAGAAGGGAUACGUGUGGGAAGUGAACGGACAUGAUGAUAGUGUUUCUAAUGGACUGAUGAUGGGGAUACAACAGGACAGCGGCGUUUCUCCCAGCCCUAUUCACAUAGCUCUCCAUAAGGUGUUACGGGACGCCGGGGAUGAACUGGAGCGGUUAUAUCAGUCGGACUUUGCGGAGAUGUCCAAGCAGCUGCAUCUCACGUCCAUCACGGCGCACCAGCGCUUCACCGCAGUCAUAGAUGAGUUGUUCAGGGACGGGGUGAACUGGGGCAGAAUUCUCGCUUUUUUCGAAUUUGGAGGCACCGUUUGCGUUGAGUGCGUGAAUAAGGAGAUGACGGCGCAGGUGGAUAACAUCGCGGGCUGGAUGACGGAAUACCUGAACGGACCGCUGCACGGCUGGAUCCAAGAGAACGGCGGCUGGGAGGCGUUUGUGGAGCUGUAUGGCCGACAGAGGGACUCUGUGUUCCGCAGUUCCUGGUCAUCAAUAGUGACGGUCUUCGGUCUGGCUGCUCUCGGGGCCGUUGGCUUCACCAUAGGGGCCUACCUUGCACAGAAAUGAGGACCGUUUUCUUUCCUUACUCACUAGCCCUGUUUCUCCAUCCAGCAAACUCUCUCCUCACUGUCUCAACCCUCUCCUACACCCCAGAAGACAUCCGUGUCCCAGGAUUGCGCCUCUUCAAACCUUCUCUCCUGCACUCACAGUCUUUCUUCUCUGUUCUCAAACAGAAUGACAGAAAAAAGCACGAAUUCAAUGUUCUGCCUUGAAGGGCAUAGAAGAAGAAAAAUAAGGUGAAAGUGACACGGGCGACAGAAUCAUUAGUUCAGAUUUCAGUCUUACAGGCAACAAAUUUGGAGUGUAGCACAUAUUAGGCAUUGGUGUACUUGUAUAUUUAUAAAGAGGACUAAAAAACAAUGGAAUGGAAAAACAGUGGAAGGUUUUAAAGAAGUUCCUGGAGAUGGAAUCCGUAAAUCCCAAUACGCCCUUAUACUCAGGUCAUCGGUCACCAACAAAUGGCUUUCUAUGAGAAAAUAUUUACAAAUAAGAAUUGACACUCUUGAGCUUUAAGGGACUGUGAUAAGGAUGAGAUGGAGAGUUGGAGAAGAUGAAAUAAACAGCAUGUGUUGUUGUAUAUGUGUAACCUUUUCAUUGAAGAAGAGGUAAAACUUCAGAGGUGAAGAUGACAGACUUGUCUGUAUCAUUAUAAAAGCAUCAAAGUCGACGUGCGGCUUAUAAACCAAUUGUAUAGAAACCCUGAUGACAAUCAGUGAUCAUUGGUGGGGACCACUAGGUGAAUCCUACUUUAUAGACGUUUCAAAGCAACAACAUAAACAAAGUUACUGCGCAUGCGCGCGUUUGUGUAGAGGAACUUAACUUCCGCUACACAUCCACAAACAAUAGAGUGCCUGCAGAUCUUUUCUGAGAACAAGCAAAAGCAACCGAGAAGAACCGUUACUUGGCUAAAUUUGCGUUUCCAAUAUUUUGAAUUGAGACUGCGAUACCAAGCUCAACGGCUAGAUGUCAAUAUCCCAUGUGUUUUCUUUAAAUGCAACAAAGUUACACGACCCAUUCAACAAAUUGUUUAUUUAUUACAAUUAUUAUAUAAUAAAAGAAUAUCUACAUAAAUGUUAUAUUAUUAGACACUAGCCAGACCGAUAAACAAACACAGACCAGAAGUUAUCUUCCAUCCAGGCACAUGCGUCCAAUGAAACUGUCUAUAAGGUUUCCAAGGUUCCUUUUAUAAAACAUUGUUUUAGCGUAGCAGAUUUCAAACAUAGCUUUCUUCAAAAUGAAUGUCAUGCCGAACAUGUUGGUUUACUCAACUACACCCUUCUCUAUUCUAGUGUUAAUAUGAGACCCAAAAAAGAGUAAAUCUCAUAAACCCUGUCCUGGUCACAUUUCAGGUAGUAUUGUACGCAUAUCCAAAAUAAAGAAAAAAAGUAUAUUUUGUUAGAAGAAAAUUAAUAGAAGAUUUUAGGAUGUUUUGCAUUGUGAUGUCGUUUUUUCUACAUUUGUCUCAUUAUAGUAACACAAUAUAUAUACUGUAUAUAUAUAUUGUGUGUGUGAAAUGUGAGCAGAACAUGUCUUCAUGAGAUUUUUCUAGCUGUCCAUAUAUAAGAUCUGACUCUUUUAUUAACUAUUACUAUUUUAUUUAUAAAGCAUCCUGUUUAGGGUCCAGUAUAAACAAAAAAACACAUUCUGUGUUUCUUGGAUUUGGUGUUUACAGUUUUACCCCGAUGUCUUAUAUUGAAACAAUAUUGUUAAACCAAAUCCUGACACAUGUUUAAAGGAUUAGAUGACAGGAAAUGUUUAAGUGCAAAACCUAUGAGCAACUGUAUACAGCCUGUGCUAUGGAACCAGCUUUGGUGCUUUCGCAUUGACUGCUUUCGGGUUCACGUGAACCCAAAAUUAAACUUGGAACAACUACAACAUCUACGUUCCUAGAAGGUGGCAGUUCCUAAAUGUUUGCUUGGACUGAUGUAGCAUUGGUUUUCCUCAACAAAAUCUCUACAGACUGUCAUUGUAUGGGGUGCUAACAAACAUUUGAAAAUGGCUACUGCUUUGACUUUCAGUAGGUAAUCAAUGUUCCUUGUAAUCCUUACUGGAUACCUUUAUGGAUGUAUGCUCCUUUUAUCACAUGAUAUCUAAAAUCUACAGUAUUCAGUGGUUGAUCAACCAUGUACGGCAAAAUCGAUAAACCUGCUUGUUGUAGGCUACAUGUAACACGUGAACUGCCAUGUUUGUAUGUAUUUGCAUGGUCAACAAACAACAAUAGCUGUCACAAAAGAAGCAUUAUAUAAAACAAGUUUGCUUCUGAGGUUAACAGUGUGUGUGUGGUCACAGUAGUGUCAUAAAUCGAUGCUUUUUGUCUCUAGUUUACAUGGCAAUGACUUUCUCUAACAAAAAACAGGCUUAAUUUUCUCUUACUGUAUGUAUUUAAUACAGAUAGCUAUUUCAGUUUUAUGAUCUUUAUUUAUUUUAGGUACUGUACCAUAAAUCAUUAAACUAUACUUUUAUACGGUCAUUUAAUUAAUUAUUUUUAUUUUAAUGUUUUUAAAUUCUCUAAAGGAUUUGGAGCAAUAUUAGAUCCUAAUUUGCUGAAUUACUGCUGCUUAAAGAUAUAAAGAUUAUAAAUUCUAUUAAUCGUAUUUGUCUGCUAGAUGUGUGGUGAUAUAAUGAAUGUUAAUACUUCAUCUAGUCAAUUCCACUGUUAAUGUAGUACGACAGACCACAUUUAGAAUUGUUCCAUAAUUCAACAUAAAACAAUAUUCACAACUUCUGUAAUAUAUUUCAGAAACAAUAUCAAGAAACUAGAAGGGCAGGACAUGAUUUAAUCCAUUAGCAAAUUACUGGAUUGUUAAAAAUGGGCGUUUUAUACCAGAAUCGUACGAGACAAACCUGAAUACAAGUUUGCACUGGAUUAUGAAGGACUAAGUCCCUUCCUGAAACACUGUCUGUACUUUUAAGUAGACCUUUUGUCCAGGACGUGGAGGCUGAAUGUCAAGUUCACCUCCAAGAGCCUCUCAAUGGAUCCUUGUGCACAAUAAAACCAGGAACGUGUAUUAAGACAGUAAA